ACCAGAAGUUGGUCUGUGUUAGUCUCUUGUAUAUCAAGUGGAACACACACGCUCGUAAGGCCUUGUGGCAGCACUAAUGCCCUCAUCAUGAGUGAGCGAGAGGAUGGAAGCAUAGAGGCAGAGGAGUACACUGCGCCGUUCUGCGAAGGACUCGGCCCCCACGACGACAGCUGGACCUGGACGCAGACCAUGAACUACGUGGGGCAGCUGGCGGGCCAGGUGUUUGUGCAGGUGAAGGAGCUGUACCGCGGGCUGAACCCGGCCACCCUGUCCGGCUGCAUCGAUGUGAUCGUGGUGCGGCAGCCGGACGGCAGCCUGCAGUGCUCGCCCUUCCACGUCCGCUUCGGCAAGAUGGGCGUGCUCCGCUCGCGGGAGAAACUGGUGGACAUUGAGAUCAACGGGGAGCCCGUGAGCCUGCACAUGAAGUUGGGCGAGAACGGAGAGGCCUUUUUCGUCAAGGAGUCUGAGAACGACCAGGGAAUGGUGCCAGCUCACCUUGCCACCUCGCCCAUCUUGUCCGAGGGCAGCGCCCUCAUGGAGGCCCAGCUGGGCAAGGGGGCGUCCAGACACAGCGACGCGUCCCCCGGUCCGUCCGUCCAGACGCUGGGCCCGUCCCAGGCCUCGGGGGACGGCAGCGGCACGCAGAAGAAGCGGCGGAAGAGGCGCAGGAAGUCCCAGGUGGACAGCAUGCGGCGGGACGACACCGAGGGCUACUCGGAGGACGAGGACAUGUUCACCAUCGACAUGAGCUCGGACGAGGAGAAGGAGAAAGGCGGCAGCAGGGAUUCAUCCUGUGACAGGUUUGGAGAAGGUCAGUCGAAGGUCACCUCCAGCUGUACUUUUAUGCAGAGCUCAACGUACACACAGGCUGAUGGGGGCUGGACACACACACAGAGCACCAGACUGGAGCAGACCUGCACACUGCCCAUCCCCACCGGCGGAGGACUGUCUGUCUCUCUCCCACCUGAUACAUCCAUCUACCAGCACAUCCACAGCCCCGCUGGCUCCCUCCCGUCCACGCCGAAGAGUGACUCGGAGCUGACGAGCCAGAAGGGCAAGGCCAAAGCAGACAACCCUGAGAUGCUGUGGGCAUGGGGAGAACUGCCACAGGCUGCCAAGCCGGCGUUCCUGAAUGAAAUGCCCGCGCCCAUGGCCGUCGCCCCGGUGUCCAUCCCCAUGUCCGAGAGCACCCACUUCCGAACCAUCUCCGGCGCCGCGCAUCCAGAGACGCAGACGGCCGACGCCGGACCCCCCUCCCUCUCCCUCUACAUCCCCAGCCCCAGAGCAGCGCUCGCGGGAGAGGAAGCAGGGGCGACGGCGCCCCCAUCAGCCAUGGAGGUGGAAGGGAUCGGAGCAGCGGCACGUCUGUUGCAUGAUCUAGACGACGGUCGGGACAGCCCUAGUGGACGAGCACAGGGCAAGACAGACUCUCCGUCCAAGAGAAAGGAUAAAAGAAGCCAUCACCUGGGUUCGGACGGCGUCUACCUGGAUGACAUCACAGAGCUGGAGCCUGAGGUGGCUGCCCUCUACUUUCCUAAGAGUGAGGGCGUCGGUUCUGGACGGCCGGGUCACGAGGGUCAUGAGGGUCAUGAGGUGCGGAGUGCCAACCAAUCACCUCAGUCCGUGGGCAGCAGCGGCAUGGACAGCGGGGUGGACAGCUACUGUGACCAGCCCGGGGACCUUCCCUCUAUCGCCAUCUCCCUGUGUGGAGGACUCACUGAAAACAUGGAGAUCAGUAGAGAGCAGUUUGAGGAAAAAGCCAUAUCCUACCGGGAGUUUGCCGACAAUCCAACCGUCAUCGAUGACCCCAACCUGGUUGUGAAGAUCGGAACCAAGUAUUAUAACUGGGCCACAGCCGCUCCUAUUCUGCUGGCGAUGCAGGUCUUCCAGAAGCCUCUUCCAAAGGCCACGGUGGAGAACAUCGUCCAGGAGAGGAUGCCCAAGAAAGGCGGCCGCUGGUGGUUCUCUUGGAGGGGACGCAGCUCCAACUCCAAGUCGGAAUCCACAUCAGAAAUGGGAGCUGAUGAAGUCAGUCAGUCUGUGCAGGCCGACUCCCUCAGAAUGAAGGACGAUUCCUCAAGUGAUGAGGACAACCGGACCGCCCGCAUCGGCUCGAGUUCUUCUCCAGAUGACCCGCAGCUGACCCCGAGCAGCAUCUGGUACCGGAAGACGCUCCGCUUGUCCUCUGAGCAGCUGGCAAGCCUACAGCUAAAAGAGGGUCCGAAUGAUGUAGUGUUCAGCGUGACUACCCAGUACCAGGGCACCUGCCGAUGUGAGGGCACCAUCUACCUGUGGAACUGGGACGACAAGAUCGUCAUCUCCGACAUCGACGGCACCAUCACCAGGUCAGAUACCCUCGGACACAUCCUCCCCACGCUGGGGAAGGACUGGACCCAUCAGGGGAUCGCUCGCCUCUACCAUAAAGUCAGCCAGAAUGGCUACAAGUUCAUGUACUGCUCGGCGCGUGCGAUUGGCAUGGCGGGCAUGACUCGUGGGUACCUGCACUGGGUGAACGAGAGGGGCACCAUGCUACCGCAGGGGCCAGUGCUGCUCAGUCCCAGCAGCCUCUUCUCCGCCUUGCACAGGGAGGUGAUCGAGAAGAAGCCGGAGAGGUUCAAAAUUGAGUGUCUGACCGACAUCAAACAACUGUUCUACCCAAACACAGAGCCCUUCUACGCUGCUUUUGGAAACAGACCCACAGAUGUGUAUUCCUAUAAGGAAGUCGGGGUGCCAUUGAAUAGAAUAUUCACGGUGAACCCGAAGGGAGAGCUGAUCCAGGAGCAUGCCAAGACCAACAUCUCAUCGUACGGGCGGCUGUGUGAGGUGGUGGACCAUGUUUUCCCACUGAUGAUCCGGGGGAACACGUCGGAUUUCCCCUGCUCGGACACCUACAGCCAGUUCACCUACUGGAGAGACCAGCUGCCCGAGGUGGAACCGGAGGACAAGGAGGCGGAGAAGAGCUGAGGAGAGGGAUGCUUAGUCCCUCACUUUCACACACACACACACACACACACACACACACACACACACACACACACACACACACACACACACACACACACACGGUGAUGUACAUAUACAGUAAAGAAGAGUAUAAAAUAAGCUUUGUAGAUGAAGCUUUGCAAUACCAUACGAGUACCUCUACGCACAAGCAUCGGGGCACCUUUUAACAAGAACAAAUUAAGCUUUGAAAUUUCAACAUGUUUAUGUGAUUAUGUUAUUUAUUUGUUUGUAAAUCUUUUCUACAUUUCUGGUCCUGCAACUAACAUAAAAAUAUAUAUUAAUAACCUCAGUGCAAGAUUACCUUGUGCAAAUAUUAUAAUUCCACAAAAACAAUCAUCAAGUUGACCUAAAGCUGUCCAGCUGUCCUUAUUUUUUUUAUUUAAUUUUUGAUAUUGGCGACAAAGAAAGCACUGAUAUACCUGAAUACAUAUUGUUUGUAUUUCACUACCAGUUUGCACCAAGAUUUUUGCCACAUAUCAUAAAACCAUAUAACAGUUUGUUGUGCACUUGAAAAUGUACACCUAAAUUUCACAUGAAAAAAAAAUGCCUAUACCAGAAAAGAAAUAGAUCUCUGGUCUCUAACGUUUAGACAUCAAUUUGCCCAAAAUGGCUUACAAUGUUAUAACGUUUGUAGACGUUGUUAUAAUGUUAUAAUGUUUCUACAGAACACAGUGCACAGUAUGUCAACUUACCACCAAAAAUACCACUUUAAAUACUGAGUGGAGUCAGUGCAGGGCAGGUACUGUAAAAACCCUUUGAUAAACGCACUGUAGACAGAUGCUAUGAUUUGUUGUUGAAUUUCUAAAAGCUCCCUUUAUAUAGCAUGCACUUAUUCAAACGCCAUUUGACCUUUUGUAUAGUUUCACCACUGUAUAGUCGCAUUCCUCUGAUAGCUGAUUUUUCUGUUUUUUUUUUCUUUUCCUUAUCAUAUUCUACUGAACUCAGUGUUUUAAAGCUCAUAUUUAUACGGUUACUGAUCAACAACUGAUGACAUAACCUUGGUUGUAAGAGGGUUUUGGAAUGUGUACAUGUUUUGUUAUUCAUUUACAAAGUCAAUGCAUACUUUAAUAGCUGGGUAAAUAUUAACAGCAGACAAUGCAAGGGAAACUCAGGGUGUCCCACAAUUCCAUCUGUUGUCAUUUGGAACUGUAACUGAGCUAUUCUGUGACGACUUAGAAAAGAACAAGCUUUGUAAUAUUUACAUUCAAGUUAUUUCUAAAGUUAAAUACCUUUUUGAGAUAUAUAUAUAUAUAUAUAUACAUAAAAGAUCCUAAUGCAUAAUUUAUCAGGUGACCAUCAUUUCAUAAGGUACAUAAAAAAAAUACUUAUAUAUAUAUAUAUAUAUAUAUAAAAAAAAAAGAUCCAGCAUGAAUAUUGUAAGUUGUUGUUCGGUGUCGCUGAAUGGGUGCCAGAGCUAGUCUGACGAGCGGCGUAGGGUCAGGGGAUUGUUUAUCGUUGGCGUUUAUGUUCAGACGAGGUGUGUAAAUAAUAAAUACGUGUUGAGGAUAGAGAGGGACUUGCCUGCCUGUGUUGCAGGUGCAGUCAGUGUGUGUGUGUGUGUGUGUGUGUGUGUGUGUGUCUUACUGUGACUGAUGCUGACAGGCAUAGUGGAUGUUAAGCAGCCAGUGGUUCUCACUGACUCCUGCAGGAGAUUGUUUUUGUUGUUGUUGUUGUUGUUGUCACAGUGUGUUGUUUGAUAUGAUUAUGAGAUCUACAGGAUGUAGUCAAGUGAAGCAUGGGCUGGGUAAAAAAAACAAAACGUAAAACCCUGAAGUUGACUAUGGGCGGUGCCAAGGUCGUUGUCUGUUGAGAAAUGUCAUGUUGUGUGUUUAUCGAGGAAAGAAGAUUCAUAUGAAUUUGAUGUAUGCAACAUAAAAUGCAAUUUGUCACCUUUACACUGUUUGUGGGGAAGGUGUUGAACACAAGGAAGAGAACUGUUGUUGAUGUUAUUUUUAUAACUGCCAUUGUUGACCACUAAAUACCAUACCACUGUGAGUUAACCUAGACUGCAGAUGGCUAAUGUAAUACACCUACAAGUAUUUUCAUCUUUUAACUGCAGUUUAUUCUCUGUAGAAGAUCCAAGUUCUUUUUCAUGAAACCUAUAUUUUGAUACAGUAUCAAUUUCAGAUUAUGAUAUGAGAAGCAUUACUGUGGUAGCAAGUCAUCUCCUUAUUUUAUUUAUUUAUGUGUUUGUGCACAGUCAACUGCCAUCACUUUCCAGUCUGUCUGUAUGUGUUGUGGUAUUGGUAUUCUUUCUGUGAAAGAUCUUGUUGCCUUAGUUUUGGCUGACAUUAUGUCAUUGUUUGUCCUUCAUAGAGGUAAAAUCAAAUUUAAAAAUCUGUAUAUUACUUUCAAUAAAUGCAAAACCAAUGGACUGCAA